GACUUCAUUUCUCAUUUUCAUUGAUCAUUAGUGUGUAUCUCUCUCAUUUUGCUAGUCACUACUUAUUUCCUUGACAGCCAUGGCGAGUACUAGCGCUAGACCCUUUAUGUUGCUGGCACUUUGUGUCCUCCUCCAAGCUUUUAUUAGCGCACAGAGCUCGGGGAGCCCCUUCAAUGUCAUAGGACGUGUCUACUGCGACACUUGCCGAUGUGGGUUUGAGACCCCUGCUACCAAUUAUAUUGAAGGUGCAAAGGUUAGAAUUGAGUGCAGAGAUAGGAAAAGUCUACAGGUUGUGUACAGCAACGAAGGAGUGACUGACUCAACUGGAACAUACAACAUCUCCGUUGAAAAUGACCAUCAAGACGAAAUAUGUGAGUCCGUUCUUGUUAGCAGCCCAGUGGCUGACUGCAAAUCAGCCGACCCAGGUCGUAGCCGCGCCACUCUUGUACUCACACGUUACAAUGGUGUCAUUAAUGAAAAUCUUUCUGCAAAUGCUAUGGGGUUCCUCAAAGAUCAGCCAUUGGCUGGGUGCACCGAACUGCUCCAGCAGUACGCACCUGAUACAUAAUUGAAGGACCAAUUUCAGUAUGUUAGCUAGGUGUUGUUGGUUUAAAUAAUUUUUAUGCUUUAUGUUUACUUGUCAUUGUUCUGAAUGAUAGUUGUAUGUCUUAUGUGCCUCUUUAGUUUGUUGGACUUAAGUUCUGAACGUCGUGUUUUCUUCAUCAAUGUAUCUUUGGUCACUUAAUUGUGGCUUUGCGUAACAAACCAGAGUUUAUAUAAAAU